CAGACUAUGAUUUCUAGGUGAGUGACUAAGCAGCAUAUGACACACCGACGGUCGUUUCUAGACGUUUAAGGAUCAGUGGAGAAAAAACAAGACGUUUAUUGCCUGGGCUUCACCCCUCGGAUUCGUCGCUGCUUGGACUCGACCGUCUUGCCGCCCUCCAUCGAGUGGCUUCGCUAGAGGAUGUACCGAGGUCACGGAAGAGGCAUCCCGGCGUACUCGAGCGGCGCUUCUGGGUCAAACGCUUCUUCCCUGGAAAGCACCACCACUUCCACUACACAAGAGCAGAAGUUCACCAUGUCUGGCCCAGGCCAGUUUGUGCCCAGCCUCAACGCCAUCACGACCAGCCAGGACCUCCAGUGGAUGGUCCAGCCCUCCCUCGUGCAUCCACCGGGCCCGGCCCGAUCCCCGGUUCCUCCGUACCCGUCCCUCUCCAGGACUCGCCCGCAGGGUCCGCCGCCACCUCUUCCGCCGUCGUCCCAUUCGCACUUCAUCCGGCCUGGCGUCAUCAGAGCGAGCGCGAACCCGGUCCCCGGUUCCACCCGCCGCCGCAACGACGAACACUUGUCUCACGAGGAGCUGGAGAGGCGUAGAAUAAGGAGAGAGCGCAACAAACUGGCAGCGGCCAAAUGUCGCAAUCGCCGCCGGGAACUGACAGACACGCUGCAAAACGAGACGGAGCAGCUCGAGGACGAAAAGUCCCGUUUGCAAAAGGAGAUCGCAGAGUUGCAGAAGCAGAAAGAGAAGCUGGAGCUGGUCCUCGAGGCUCACCGUCCCAUCUGCAAAAUCCAGGACUCCGACUCGGAUUCCGAGGCCAGCGCCGCCCUCUCAUCCCUGACGGGCAUCAAGAUGGAGCCCGAGGACUACAGCGCGGCGGGGCCCUCGCGCGCGAAGCAGCCGGCGAAAGCGGAAAAGGCCAAGCCCAAGAUCACCAUCCCCACCAAGGCAUCCCCGACAUCCUCGGCGGUGACCCUCGCGGUCAGCCAAGAGUCCGAGUCCCUGCACACGCCCAUCCUGAUGUCCACGCCCUCCCUCACCCCCUUCACGGCCAGCAUGAUUUUCACGUACCCCUCGGCCCCCGUGGACGUCUCCCACCAGGCCCCGCAGCCUUGCGGCGUGGCGCACCGGCGCAGCAGCAGCAGCGGCGACCAGUCGGAUCACUCUUUGCACUCGCCCACCAUUCUCACACUGUGAGUGACGACAAGAUUGGAACUGAUUGGGCUUCAUUUCAUCAUUUCAUGUUUUUUUUUUUUGGGGGGGGGGGGUCUCAAAUUUGGGUGUCCCACUGCGUUUUUUUGUGUGUUUUUUUUCACGGACCACCACAUAAUCCUAAUAUCAAUUUAACAUAACUACCAAUGCCAUAGGAAUGACGAACCUGCCCAUUUUUGAUAACUUUUCUCUAAUCUAAUUCUAUCUUUUAUUUUGAAAAGGUUUAUUUCUCUCUUUUAAAAAAAUGGGAAUAUAUCCUUGAAGAAAUGUCUUUUGUUCUAAGAAAAAGGACUCUAUUCCUGUAAUAACACCCCCCCCACACACACAAAAAUUACAACAAAAACAAAGAGCGACUUCAUUCGUUUGAGGGUGUCAUAUUUUUUUUCGCAAUCAUAUCACAGCUUUUAAUUGGCCCAACACGCAUUUUGAGAACCGCUGCUCUACUCAGGUGGCAUUGUCAUGAUCCACUUACUACGCUUUCACUACGUUUCUUUUCAAGAUACUUUAUACCUCUCCUUUUUUAAGUGGCACAAUUGUGUUGAAGAUGCAUGCAGAGUAUUUUAUCAAAGUAUAUUUUGGUAAUGUAACGUAAGAUUGCAUUUAAUGACAAUGUUGCAUCGCGGCAUGUAACGUUUUUAUGGAUGGGAAAGUCGUCCUCAGCUAUUUUUUUUUUUCUUCAUUUUACAUUUUAUUGACCACUAAGGCUGGGCCGUAGGAGUUGAUAGCGAGCAUAUUUAUUUGUGAGAGGGUAAUAUAUUUUUGAUAACGGGUGGGCAGUGCCUUACUUUUCAGCUUUUAGCGCAGCAUUGUU